CCGCGGACCCGGCCGGCCCAGGCCCGUGCCCGCCGCGGCCCUGAGAGGCCCCGACAGGCCCCGGCCCGGCGGCGGCGGCGGCCAUGGCCGGGGGGCCGGGCCCGGGGGAGCCCGCAGCCCCCGGCGCCCAGCACUUCUUGUACGAGGUGCCGCCCUGGGUCAUGUGCCGUUUCUACAAAGUGAUGGACGCCCUGGAGCCCGCCGACUGGUGCCAGUUCGGUGGGUGGCGGCGGGCGGCCGGGGGGCGGGGGGCGCGCGGGCUCCCGGCGCCGACGCCUGACGCCCCCUGCUCCGCAGCCGCCCUGAUCGUGCGCGACCAGACUGAGCUGCGGCUGUGCGAGCGCUCCGGGCAGCGCACGGCCAGCGUCCUGUGGCCCUGGAUCAACCGCAACGCCCGUGUGGCCGACCUGGUGCACAUCCUCACGCACCUGCAGCUGCUCCGCGCGCGGGACAUCAUCACAGCCUGGCACCCUCCCGCCCCGCUUCCGUCCCCAAGUACCACUGCCCCGAGGCCCAGCAGCAUCCCUGCACCCGCCGAGGCCGAGGCCUGGAGCCCCCGGAAGUUGCCAUCCUCAGCCUCCACCCUCCUCUCCCCAGCUUUUCCAGGCUCCCAGACCCAUUCAGGGCCUGAGCUCGGCCUGGUCCCAAGCCCUGCUUCCCUGCGGCCUCCACCGCCAUCUCCAGCCCCUUCCUCUACCAAGCCAGGCCCAGAGAGCUCAGGGUCCCUCCUGCAGGGAGCCCACCCCUCUCCAUUUUGCUGGCCCCUCUGUGAGAUUUCCCAGGGCACCCACAACUUCUCAGAGGAGCUCAAGAUCGGGGAGGGUGGCUUUGGGUGCGUGUACCGGGCAGUGAUGAGGAACACGGUGUAUGCUGUGAAGAGGCUGAAGGAGGACGCUGACCUGGAGUGGACUGCAGUGAAGCAGAGCUUCCUGACCGAGGUGGAGCAGCUGUCCAGGUUUCGUCACCCAAACAUUGUGGACUUUGCUGGCUACUGUGCUCAGAACGGCUUCUACUGCCUUGUGUACGGCUUUCUGCCCAACGGCUCCCUGGAGGACCGUCUCCACUGCCAGACCCAGGCCUGCCCACCUCUCUCCUGGCCUCAGCGACUGGACAUCCUUCUGGGUACAGCCCGGGCAAUUCAGUUUCUACAUCAGGACAGCCCCAGCCUCAUCCAUGGAGACAUCAAGAGUUCCAACGUCCUUCUGGAUGAGAGGCUGACACCCAAGCUGGGAGACUUUGGCCUGGCCCGGUUCAGCCGCUUUGCCGGGUCCAGCCCCGGCCAGAGCAGCACGGUGGCCCGGACGCGGACGGUGCGGGGCACCCUGGCCUACCUGCCCGAGGAGUACAUCAAGACAGGAAGGCUGGCUGUGGACACGGACACCUUCAGCUUUGGGGUGGUGGUGCUCGAGACCCUGGCUGCUCAGAGGGCUGUGAAGACGCACGGUGCCAGGAUCAAGUAUCUGAAAGACCUGGUGGAAGAGGAGGCUGAGGAGGCUGGAGUGGCUUUGAGAAGCACCCAGAGCACACUGCAAGCAGGUCUGGCCGCAGACUCUUGGGCUGCUCCCAUCGCCAUGCAGAUCUGCAAGAAGCACCUGGACCCCAGGCCCGGGCCCUGCCCACCUGAGCUGGGCCUGGGCCUGGGCCGGCUGGCCUGUUGCUGCCUGCACCGCCGGGCCAAAAGGAGGCCUCCUAUGACCCAGGUGUACGAGAGGCUAGAGAAGCUGCAGGCAGUAGUGGCGGGGGUGCCCGGGCAUUUGGAGGCCGCCAGCUGCAUCCCCCCCUCCCCGCAGGAGAACUCCUACAUGUCCAGCACUGGUGGUGCCCACAGUGGGGCUGCCCCAUGGCAGCCCCUGGCAGCACCAUCAGGAGCCAGUGUGCAGGUGGUGGAGCAGCUCCAGAGAGGCCUCAACCAGCCUGUGGAGAGUGAUGAGAGCUUAGGCGGCCUCUCUGCUGCCCUGCGCUCAUGGCACCUGACUCCGAGCUGCCCUCUGGGCCCAGCACCCCUCGGGGAGGCCAGCUGUCCUCAGGGGGACACCGCAGGAGAAUCCAGCUGGGGGAGUGGCCCAGGGUUCCGGCCCACAGCUGUGGAAGGACUGGCCCUGGGCAGCUCUGCAUCGUCAUCAUCAGAGCCACCGCAGAUUAUCAUCAACCCUGCCCGACAGAAGAUGGUCCAGAAGCUGGCCCUGUACGAGGAUGGGGCCCUGGACAGCCUGCAGCUGCUGUCGUCCAGCUCCCUCCCAGGCUUGGGCCUGGAACAGGACAGGCAGGGGCCCGAAGAAAGUGAUGAAUUUCAGAGCUGAUUUGUUCACCUGGGCAGAUCCCCCAAAUCCGGAAGGCAAAGUUCUCAUGGUCAGAAGUUCUCAUGGUGCACGAGUCCUCAGCAUUCUGCAGGCAGUAGGGGCGGGGGCCUAUACCCGCGGGGGAGAGAAGGCAGUGGCCCUGCUGUUCUAGGCUCUGUGGGCACAGGCAGGCAGAGUGGAACCCUGCCUCCAUGCCAGCAUCUGGGGACAAGGAAGGCUGGCAUCCAGUGAGGAGGCUGGCGCAUGUUGGGAGGCUGCUGGCUGCACAGACCCGCGAGGGGAGGAGAGGGGCUGCUGCGUAGGGGUGUGGAGCAGGGAGCUGGCUCCCCUGAGAGCUAGGCAGGGCGUCUGCAGCCCAGGCCUCUGGCAGCAGCCCUUUGCCCAUCUCUUUGAACAGUGGCCACCCUGCACAAUGGAGCCGAUGAGGCCUAGGGCCCUCCUAGCUGCUUACAAUUUGGAAAAGUGUGGCCGGGCACGGUGGCUCACGCCUGUAAUCCCAGCACUUUGGGAGGCCAAGGCAGGAGGAUCACUUGAGCCCAGUAGGUCAAGACCAGCCAGGGCAACAUGAUGAGACCCUGUCUCUACAAAAAAUUGUUUUAAACAAUUAGCCUGGCAUGGUAGCGCACGCCUGUGGUCCCAGCUACUGGGGAGGCUGAAGUGGGAGGAUCAUUUAUGCUUGGGAGAUUGAGGCUGCAGUGAGUCAUGAUUGUAUCAACUGUACUUCAGCCUGGGCAACAGAGCAAGACCCUGUUUCAAAAAGAAAAACCCUGGGAAAAGUGAAGUAUGGCUGUAAGUCCCGCGAUUCAGUCCUAGCAAGAAGCAAGAAUUCUGAGAUCCUCCAGAGAGCCGAGCAGCACCCACCCUCCACCUCAGGCCAGUGUGUUCAGGCUUUACCAGGGACCUGUGAGCUGGCCUAAUGUGGCACUGAUUGUGGCAGAGGGGCCACUACCCAAGGUCCAGCUGGGCCCAAGACCUAGUUACCCGGACAGUGAAGCCCCAGGAAGGCAGAAAAGUUGGGAGCAUGGCAGACAGGGAAGGGAAACAUUUUCAGGGAAAAACAUGUGUCACAUGUCUUUAGAAGCAAGUCAGGUUUCAUGUAACCUGUAACCUAGUGUCCUCUUGCGUGUCCAAAAGUAGCCCAGGGCUGUAGCACAGGCUUAACAGUGAUUCUGUGUUCAGCCGUGAGUCACACUACAUGCCCCCAUGAAGCUGGGCAUUGGUGAAGUCCAGGUUGUCCUUGAGUAAUAAAAACAUAUGUUGCAA